AACAACAUGGCUGCCUCCUCUCGGGCGCAUUUCUGAGCUUGUCCGCAGGUCAUGUGCCCAGUUAGACAGUUUAUUUGAUAUUACUGCCCGUGUGGAUGAAAUGUUGUGAGACAGAGUAAGAAUAAUCUUUUUUAUCACCUUUUUAACGAGCUCCGCGUCCUUUGCGCCCGCUGUUGAAAUGACAGAGUCUUUGGAAAAUGCCUGGCUUUACACUGAAGCUUUCCUUUCGGCUGUGUGGCACAACAGAUUAUAUGUGUACACUGCAGCUGCGCUCCUUAUCGGGUUAUGGGUUAUAGUGAACGUGACCAUGAGAAAGAAGAAGCCGGUCAACCCUGUAGCAACCCAAAUUUCCAAGUCUGAGAAACAGAAGGAGCAAAUACCCGAAAAAGAGAAGGUUGUCAAUGUUGCAGGUGUAAGGAUUUUCUAUGGGUCACAGACUGGAACUGCAAAGGGUUUUGCCAGAGAGCUCGCAGAAGAUGUCCAGGCACUCGGGUUCCAGUCUGACGUGAUUGACUUGAAGGAUUAUGACCCGGAGGACAAAUUGUCAGAUGAGUGCACCAGUAAAAUGAUUUGUGUGUUCCUCCUGGCCACGUACACUGAUGGCAAGCCCACUGAGAAUGCUGCAUGGUUCUGUAAAUGGCUGGAGGAGGCAUCUACUGACUUUCGCUAUGGAAAAACCUACCUGAAAGGAAUGAGGUAUGCCGUCUUCGGCCUGGGGAACUCCGUAUACGUCGGCCAUUACAAUACGGUUGGCAAAAAUGUGGACAAGUGGCUGUGGAUGCUGAGUGCGGUACGCAUCAUGAGCCGCAGCGAAGGCGACUGCGAUGUGGUGAAAAGCCGAAACGGCAGCAUCCAGGCUGACUUCCAGGUGUGGAAAGAUGAUUUCCUGAGGCGCCUUCAGGCCCUGGCCAAGGGUGAGAAGAAGAUGUGCAGCUGCGAGUGCAAAAAAGGCUCUUGCAAGAAUAAAAAGAAGGACCAUGAGGAAGAGGAGGGCGAGAAAUACAGCUCUGAGGAGCUGUUUGAGUCCAGCAGUGAUCCAGAGUCCGGAGGUGAAGAGGAGAAAGCUCACGGCUCUGUCAUCGACAUGGAGGAUCUUGGAAAUGUUAUGAACCGCAUGAAGAAAGCCAAGAAACAAGUGGAGGAGGCCCCGUCUCAGCUGGGAAGACUGUCCAAACUGAAUGGAUUGAUGAAGACUGAAAGUCAGGAGGAGGAGAGGAGGGAGAUGAUUACUCCAGCACUGAGAGAAGCGCUCACUAAGCAAGGAUACAAACUAAUAGGCAGUCACUCCGGGGUGAAGCUGUGUCGCUGGACCAAGUCCAUGCUGAGAGGGAGAGGAGGAUGCUACAAACACACAUUUUAUGGCAUUGAAUCUCACCGGUGUAUGGAGACCACUCCCAGUCUGGCCUGUGCCAACAAGUGUGUGUUUUGCUGGAGACACCACACGAACCCUGUAGGCACCGAGUGGCGUUGGAAGAUGGACCCAGCUGAGAAGAUCCUCCAGGAAGCACUGGAGAAUCACCGCAACAUGAUUCGCCAGUUCCGAGGUGUCCCAGGAGUUCGUCCAGAGCGUUUUGAGGAGGGUUUGGCAGUGAAGCACUGUGCUCUGUCUCUCGUGGGCGAGCCCAUCAUGUACCCAGAGAUCAACUCCUUCCUGCACCUCCUUCACCAGUGCCACAUCUCCAGCUUCCUGGUCACUAAUGCCCAGUUUCCUGAAGAGAUCAGGAACCUGGUGCCAGUCACCCAGUUGUACGUGAGUGUAGACGCCAGCACCAAGGACAGUCUGAAGCGGAUAGAUCGUCCUCUUUUCAAAGACUUCUGGCAGCGUUUCCUGGACAGUCUCAAAGCCCUCGGAGAGAAGCAACAGCGCACAGUAUACCGCCUGACCCUGGUUAAGGCCUGGAACGUAGAGGAACUGAAAGCCUAUGCUGAGCUCAUCGCCCUGGGCCAGCCGGACUUCAUCGAGGUCAAGGGAGUAACCUACUGUGGCGAGAGCUCAGCCAGCAAUCUGACCAUGGCCAACGUGCCCUGGCAUGAAGAGGUUGUGCAUUUUGUGCAACAGCUCGCCAACCUCCUGCCCGACUACGAGAUCGCCUGCGAACAUGAACACUCUAACUGCCUGUUACUAGCCCAUCAUAAGUUCAAAGUCGAUGGUGAGUGGUGGACGUGGAUCGACUAUGAGCGCUUCCAUGAGCUCAUUCAGCAGUACAAUGAGGGCAACGGUGCCAAGACGUUCACCGCUCUAGACUACAUGGCCAAGACACCGAGUUGGGCUGUGUUUGGGGCUCGAGAGAGAGGUUUCGACCCCUCAGACACGCGCUUCCUAAGGAAAAACAAGACCAAAGACAUCUCUGGGUGUUGAUGUCAAACCCUUUCUACAGAAUCUCCAUUUUUUUUUAAACAUUUGAAUAAGAGAGAUAUUUUAUAAAGACUUUUUGAAGGUCUGCAUGAAUCAUUUCUCACAUAAGAAUAGAAUUUUUAAAAUCUUUUUCCAAGCACAAGCUCAGUGAGGCUCCCAGGUCAUAUGUUCACCUUCACUUCAGUAUUCUAGCUGUUCAUAGAUUUCUUUUUCUUAUGUAUGUUUUUGAAAUAUGACAUGUACCAAGGAGAGGUCAUGCUCUGCAUCAACACUGCAGCCUCUCCGUGUGUCUCUCUACCUUUCCGCUCACAUGGCUCUUUCCCGGUUUCUUAUUGUCCUCGGUUUUCUCCCACAGAGAGUCAGUGCGAGACCUACAGCUUCAUUCACUGACAUGCAGAAAGUCUUUUUUCAGUCUGGGAUAAAAAUAUUCUUUAUGCUAUACAUUUAAUUAAAAUGUCACUAAACACACGGGCUAGUUCUUGUAAUUGUGUCAUGUUCUUUAGAGAAGGUACUGUUGCUGUGGCUUUGGCACUACAGGUUUUUUUUUUUUAACUCUUGCUUUUUUCUCAGUCUGUAUGUUCCCGUGUGGUUUCCUGCUGUGAGUGUAGGUGUGAUUUUCAUUUUUGUGUAUUCUUAUCUUUUGUUCAACAAGCUUUUAGUAUCUUGAGGUUGAGUUUUUCAUUUAGCUUGUGUUGUGGUAAAAUAUGGAUUUUAGUGCCAGCUACAGAAUGUAGGCAUAUCCUGAGUUUUGACAUUGCGCUAACUGCAUUUUCCACCUCUCUCUCUCUCUCUCUCUCGAUUGCUCAAAAGGUGGCUUAAAAGAUGACUGUUUUAACUGUUUGUAUGAGAUGCUGUUGUGCCUUCUGAAUAAAAUAUAGGAUGGUUAUUAAA